AUGACAGAAGGUUUCAAAGUUAAACUAGGCCAAGGAGGGUUCGGUUCUGUGUUCAAAGGAAAGCUUCGUGGUGGUCGGUUGGUGGAAGUAAAAAUAUUGGGAAAAUCCAAAGCAAAUGGAGAAGAUUUCAUCAAUGAAGUUGCUACCAUCGGAAGGAUUCAUCACAUGAACGUUGUGCAACUCAUUGGAUUCUGUGUAGAGGGAUCGAAACAAGCUCUUAUAUACUAUUUCAUGGUGAAUGGAUCAUUAGACAAAAUCAUUGUUGGCCAAAACUUUGUCCCCAAUGUAUCUGAUUCUGGUCUUGCAAAAUUAUAUUCGGUGGAUGACAGUAUCAUCUCUCACACAGCUGCUCGUGGUACACUAGGUUACAUUGCACCUGAAUUUUUCUACAAAAACAUUGGAGAACCGGGACUCAAAGAGAGACAGAAGACCGAGUCAUCCGGAAAUUCGGAUGAAUUUGAGCCAGGUUUGUCAGAAGGAAGUAAUGGGCAAAUGGGUGAUCCUCCAUUGCUACUGGCAAACCGCAUGUAA